AUGAAUACAACAAUUGGUGGAAGAUUCAAGCUCUCCGUAAGAACUGGCAACUGGCUCCAAGAAGAAUCCUAUUUCGGUAUGGACGGAGAACACGGAUACAACGUCGUUGUGAAGGGACGACUUGUGGACGAUCCACGGACUGCCGUCGAAAAACGUUUUCUGGAACAGUAUGGUGGAACCAAUGGAAUCCCGCGGUAUAUUGGAAGUUUCGAGCUAUUUGACGGAGACCAACAGUACAUUGCUCACACUCGGAACGGGCAAAAACUGGAGACGUUGCUCAACUUAUCACUUUUCAAAAUCACUCUAGCUAAUACUGUUCGUCUCGGUUUCCAACUAUUCGAACUGGUCCAUGCCAUGCACAUCCGAGGAUAUCUCCACAGAGACAUCCGUCCGCACAUCAUCAUGGCCGAUAUCGGAUGGAGCGGGAAACUGGAAGUCGAGCUCAGCUCAUUUGGUUACGUGGCACCCAUCAACCCACCGCCAGCUCCACCAGUCGAUCCGUUCAACGGGAUGAAAAUCGGCCGUUAUGCCUGCUACCCAGCGGUCCUCGGUGAACCCUAUGUGAAAGAAGAUGACUACAUCAGUAUCAUCUUUGUCAUGCUCGCCUCGCAAGGGCUGAUGCCCUUUUCUCUCAACACCAAAAGACAGUGGAGCCUGGCUGAAAAGAAAGAGCAAUUCGACGAGAAUCCAAGACGUUUUGUGACGGCUGAAACGAUAUGGUUAGCUGACUUGUAUUGGGAUGUGGAGAUCAUGAGACAGGAUGGAACAUUCAGCCACGACGAAGUCAUUCGCAAGCUGGAGAAUGCGGUGGAAGGGGUGGAUAUGCGUUCGGAGAUCUCAUACGCUCAUAACGCCGCAGGACACUUCUACAUUCAGUGA